GAAGGAUUCUCAGCCCCGCUCACGACACACAAAACAAAGCGAACCUUGUGACAACAAUCGUUCUUGAUCAACAUUCUCCACCAAAUGUCAUCAUGUCGAUAAUAAGAAAUGUCGCCAUAAUUGGGGCUUCCGGCAACUUCGGCACUCCUAUAACCAACGCCCUUUCGACGUCAAACUUCAGCAUCACAAUCAUAACUCGCUUGUCUUCCACAACAUCUCAUCCUUCAGGCAUACCUGUCAAACGCAUCGCCUACGACCUCACUUCCCUCACAAAAGCCUUUGCCAAUCAAGAUGCAAUUAUUUGCGUCGUUGGCCCCGGUGGCAUUCCUUUACAGAAAAUCUUCAUCGAUGCCGCAAUUGCCGCAGGGGUGAAGAGAUUCAUCAUUGAUGACUUUGGAUGGGGACCCGAGGCACAUGGCUUUGACGAGUUUGCCGCUAUCCACAAGCAAAGAAGGGAAGCUUGGGAUUAUGCUGCUGAAAAGGCACAAGAGCAUAAAGACUUUACAUGGACAGGGUUGACGACUGGAAAUCCUAUUGAUUGGGCAAUGAAGAAGUUCCCAAUGAUGGGCUUUGAUGUCGCAAAACAUGAAGCCAUCAUUUACGACGACGGAACAGAGAGAUUCACAGGCACGACGUUGGAAGGGAUAGGACAAGCCGUCCUCGGCGUUCUGGAGCAUCCAGAAGAGACAGCAAAUCGUUUUUGCAAAGUGCAAAGUAUCCAGACGUGUCAGAACGAGCUUUUGGAAGCUUUCGAGAAGGUGACAGGAGAGAAGUGGAAGGUCACGAAGACCACAAGCAAGGAAUUGAUACAGAGUGGAAAGGAAGAUCUUCAUACUGGGAAUGGGAUGUGGAGGUUGAAGUUGGCGGUGGCGACUUUGUAUGAUGUUAGUGAGGGAAGAGGUAUGGUUGCUGCUUCGAGGCAAGAGUCAGAUGCGGAGUUACUGGGCAUCAAAGACGAGAGUGCAGGAGACAUCGCGGCGAAGUUGCUUCGGUAGUGGAGCCGUGCGGAGAGCUGCAAAGAGAAAACGACGACCCCGAUCAUUAUGAAUUGAUUAAUCAUUGAAGACAUCCGACUUGAUAUGCUGUAGAAUGCGUGCAUUUGCAGAGAAGACUGUCUUUCGGAGGUCUAUGUCUCCGGCCCCCAAACUAA